AUACCCUUUGCACGGGCAUUCUCAGUUAUACAAAAAAAAAAAAAAACAUUUCGCAUUCUGAUGAAAAAGAAAUGUUUGCUUGCAAAGCUUUGGCUGGUUUUAAGCUCUGGCUUCUCGGUAAACAUCAACUCCUUGGGGGCUCAGAUCCUAUGGAAUAGUUUAUGGAGGCUUGCUUUGAUGCAAGACCAAGACAACUCGCCAUGAAGUUUGACUUUGGUAAUGGUAAUAUAUUAAUAGGGACUUGAACUUGAUACGAGCAACUUAUUUUGUAUAUAUGCCCGUUUCAUUCUCAAGGCAAGUCCCUUCAGAAUCAUGUAUAUCUUAGCUAAUCUCUUUGUUCUCUUCCUCUUCCAGAGCAGAACUGCCGCGCAGAAUUGCUCCGUUAUGGCUUGCAGCAGCAGCAGCAUCCCGGUUCGCUUUCCCUUUCGUUUGGAAGACCGUUGGCAACCCGAGAGCUGUGGGUACCCCGGCUUCAACUUAAGUUGCGAUGACCUAGGAAGGACAAUCAUGAGACUUCCUUAUUCUGGUGAAUUCUUCGUCCGCGAGAUAAAUUUUCCUGUGCAACAGAUACAGCUCUAUGAUCCAGGGGAUUGCCUCCCUAAACGACUUCUUCAGCUGAAUCUCUCAGAUUCUCCGUUUUCCACCACUUAUUAUGAGAACUUCACCUUCCUCGACUGUCCAGUGAAUCUCACAUCUCGCUAUUCCGCCAUCGGCUGCCUCAGUAACAGUACUCGCACGGUCCUUGCAUCUUCGGAUGAGAGCUUCGUGAAGAGUAUGGCCACGGUCUGCAGCAUAAUCGUCAGUCGACCGAUCCCAAUAUCUUGGCCCAUUCAAUACGAUCAGGGCCCUCCAGAUUUCCUGAAUCAGGAUCUUCAGCUCUCCUGGUUUACGCCUGACUGCAUAGAUUGUGAAAUGGAGGGUGGCGUAUGUGGUUUUGCAAGUAACAGCAGUCAAAACAUCGGUUGUUUCAGAAUUCCUGCUAAAGGUCGAAUGAGGAAGGGUCUAUUGGUUUUCGGGAUCGUAUGCCUCACAAUUACUCUACCAGCAAUCUUUAGCUCCCUCGGGAUUGGCGUCUUCAUAUGCUGCACGGACCGAAGACGGAGCACUGAUCCAGCCGCCGUGAUCCCACAGCCGAGCAUCGUAGCAGUUGGCCUGGACGACUCCACCAUCGAAUCUUUCACAAAGAUAGUACUUGGCGAGAGUCUUCGCCUUACAGGACCCAAUGACAAUAUUUGCCCGAUAUGCUUGGCUGAGUACCGGCCCAAAGAGAUCCUGAGGUGCAUACCCGCGUGUGGACACUGCUUCCACGCAGAGUGCAUCGAUGAGUGGCUCAAGAUGAGCAGUAAGUGUCCGGUUUGCAGGAACUCUGCGUCGCCAGUCCCUCCUAAUGAUACUUGAUGAAAAUUUCUAACUUUUUUCUCGCUGUAAUAGUGUCAAACCUCCAUGACUGACGGCCAUUUUUUUUCCUUUCAAGUUCUCUGCACUUAGUGUCAAUCCCCUUAACCACACAAAUUGUUUCUCACUAACAUAAACGUGCAUCUGCAUAGAGAAUGCAUUGAGUCCAUAGUUACUUCCGAGAAUAGAUUUGUUAAGAUACUCCUGCUCUUUGAUUGGUCGUGAUACCGAUAUCAGGACUCAGGAGAAAUGCAACAGCUGAAUAAUUCCUAAGCA